UUCUUCAGCUGGUGGAGUAGUUACAAUGAAGCUAUCAACUACCUAGCUACAGUGCCAAAAUACCGUAUACAAGCUACUGAGAUUGCCAGGCAACAAGGUUUACUCAACAAGACUAAAGAAAAAGGCAAGAACAGGCGGUCUAAAGAAGAAAUUCGUGAAGAAGAGGAAGAAAUCAUCAAAGACAUUAUUAAAAAUAAAAUAGAUAUAAAAGGUGGUUAUCAGAAGCCGAAGAUAUAUGAUAUCCUUCUAUUUCAGAUCCUUCUUGCACCUUUUUACUUGUGCAAAUAUGUGGUUUGGUACUUUUGGUGGAUUUAUUGCUUCACUAUUAAAGGGCAAGAGUACGGUGUGGAAGAGAAGCUGUAUAUCAUACGAAGGUACAUGAAAAUGUCUCAGUCACAGUUUGACAGCCUAGAAGAUCAUCAAAAAGAGACCUUUCUUGAACGGCAGUUGUGGAUACGAGAAAACUAUGAGGUGUAUAAACGAGAACAAGAGGAGGAGUUAAAGAAGAAGAUGGCCAUGGAUCCCCGAUGGAAGAGGUAUCGGCGGUGGAUGAAAAAUGAAGGACCUGGAAGACUGACUUUUAUUGACGAUUGAAUGUUGCUGAACAAGUGUGUGCUAAUGUCAAAUGUGGUUUGCAAAACUUUUCACUACAUCAUUCAGAGUUUUUUUCUGCUGUGGCUCAGCAGUGAUGUAAAACUCAGGAAUUAUUAAAUCAGGCCAAAAAAAUAAUACAGGUUUACCAUUUUUAUAAAUCAGACCUACUAAACAGGCUCAGCUCAAUGUAUAUAUGCCAUUUACUUGGGGAUAUCAGUGCGGAAUUCAUUAUUCCAAACAACGUUUUUUCUCUACAUAUGAUCAAUGGAACCAUAACUCUAGUCUUUCUGAAAAAGUUUCUAGAUCAAUCCUUGAAAGUAAUUUUUAAACUGAAGGUUUCCUGCAAGCGGACACUGGAAAUGCUUUUAAAGGAUUCUGAAGCAAGGCCAAUUUUCUAUUUUACUCUCUCUUUCUCCGUGCUUUUCAGUCUAAUUUCUAAGAUGCCAAAUUGUUUUUUGAUGUAGACAAUAUGGGGAUUAUACUGGACUUCUGCUAUUCCUGCUCCAUUUGGAAAUGAAUUUUAUUCUUUGUGGGAAUAAAUGAUGCAUGGCUGA